AGAAUCGGAGUUAAUUGAGGUCGCGAAGGACGAAGAAUCGGCGUCGGCUGCCAUAGAUCGCCAUCUUGAACUCGAAUUACUGCCCGAUCGCAAAAAUCUAGGGCCGGAAGAAUUCGAACUGCACAGACGCAGUGGCUUCGGCGGAUACUGAACCGCCAAAACUCGACCUAAGCAACUCAUCCUCGAAUCCCUUUCCUCUUUUCUUCACUUACACAGUUCAAUAACGAUGUAGUAUGCAUCCAAAUGCAGAUUUUGUGAGGCAAUAGUGGAGUGGAGAUGAGGUGUCUCAACUCCAUUCAGUUCUUCCUGUUUUCGGGCUGUUCCUCAAAUCGGCUUUCUCUACAAUGACUCUUCAAUCUCGAAGAUUCUGUAUUCUGGAACAAUUUUGCCUGAAUUGUAGAAUCGUUGGAGAGAAGAUCGUAGUAGUGAACUCAGUAAUUUCAAGCUCAACAGACCGGAAUGCAGGCUUCUCUUCUUGAGAACUUUGCGCGUCGACUACCCGGCUGAACUGAGCGAUCUGGGUUUCACGAUGCCCCCGCACCUGCAACCACCAUCUCAACCAGCCGCAUCAAGCCGCCAUCCACUGGCUUGCUGGGUUUUUCACUUCAUCUUCCUCCUCUUUUAUCUCCUCCUUUUUCUUUCCCUCCUUUAUCCAUGCCCCUCCUUCCGCCAUUUCCGUAUGCAGAACCAAGAUCGGUUCUUCUAUUGGGUUUUCUACAGAACCCAUGAUCUGGAUUAUUGGGGUUCCUCCUCGUUUUUGUUUCCCACUCUUCCUCUGUUUCUGUUUGGAUCUUCUAUUGGGUUUUGGUUGCAAUUUCUUUUUCCUUGGUCUUUAUUUUUGUUCUUUUUCCAUUUCGUUCCUUUUUUUUUUUUAAUGAAAUUACUUCGAUUUAAAAUGAUUAUUUAAGCAAGUCAGCUUCUUGACUGGAUCUAGACCAAAACGAUCCAGGCAAUUAAAAUUCACAAACUUGCGAUAUGAAAAACUCAGCCAGUAUCACUCGCCUGAAUCUGAUCUGCUGAUUUUUCAGGCCCUUUUCCUGCUGGCAUAUUCCCCACCUCUUUUCCUUUAUUACUGGUUUCUGGUUUUGGCAAACGCACUCUGUCCCAAAGCCCAUCAAUGUUUUGAGGCAAUUUCUUCGUUUGCUAUAUAAAAAAAUCCUACUUACUUGACCGGAGGAUCUCCCUCGCCUGAUCUUUACUGGUCACAUGGUUGGAUUACAUUUUUUUAUUACUUUCAAAAAAAUCUUCAAUUGGGUUUUCUAGCUCUCUUUCUCCUCCUUUUUCUUUCACCUUCUUCAUCUGCUUCUGUUUCGAGAACCCUGGGUUCUCCAAUUGGGUUCUAUUGAGAAGUGAGAACCCCAUGAUCUGCGUUUUGAUAUCUGGAUAAAUUGGAUUUUUCCCU